CAUCCGGCAACGUUGACAUGUAUAUAUCUUUGCUCCCAGCCAGAUACCUGUAGAACUGAUCCGAAUUCAGAUUCGGAAUAGCGUUCUCGCGACGUCAAGCCUUGCGCGCCAACGCCUCCGAGCGAGUCUCCACAUCUGUAAAUCUUGCUCAGGAUCGGUACUCCAUUCUUCUGGAGCGGUAAGCAAACAGGACAAAAAGAGACGUCAGGGGAAAAGAAUAGAAGAGAACGAGAAAGGGGAGUUUCGGAAAGGGCACGAGCGGAGAGGAAAGAAAAAUAAAAGAGAAGAAAAGGCCGGACGAGAAGGAAGACGACCAUGCCGUCGCUGAACGUGACGAAGCCGAUCCACUUUGGCAAGUUCGUGGUGACCAACUCGGUCUUCCACCUGACGCCGCUCAGCUUCGCGAUCGUGAACCUGAAGCCGAUUCUGCCGGGCCACGUGCUGGUGUCUCCGCGGCGGGUGGUGGCGCGAUUCGCGGACCUGACGCCGGACGAGGUGUGCGACCUGUUUCUGACGGCGCAGAGGGUGUCGCGUACGGUGGGGCGGGUGUACGGCGCGAGCGCGCUCAACAUCGCCAUCCAGGACGGCGCCGACGCGGGCCAGACGGUGCCGCACGUGCACGCGCACAUCAUCCCUCGGCGCCGCGCGGACCUGGACCACCGCGGCGGUGCCGACAAGAUCUACGAGAUGAUGGACGGGCCAGAGGGCGACGUCGGCGCGCACCUGAGGGAGAGCGAGGAGGCCGCCGCCGCCGCCGACGGUCGGGCGAGGCUGAAAGUCGACGCGGACGAGGAUCGGAAGCCGAGGAGCGAGGACGAGAUGAAGAGAGAGGCCGAAUGGCUUGCCAGCGAGAUCGAAGCCGACGAGGCGAGAGAGGCACUCGAGCCGUGAUAUCUCGUCGUCAAUGGCUGCGUGCUUGCGUCUCCAAGCCCACGCGCUCGAACCAUGGGCGAGUACGGCCAGCGCGGUUGCAUCGUAGUGACGCAGUUGAAGUGCAGAAUUGCCGCGCAAGGCACGAGUUGGUUUGUCUCGGGACUGGAUUGAACCAAGUUCUAUCAAGGUCGCAAAGGCAGAAGGGCGGCAUCGUGGACGACAUGGAGCGGAGGAUAAUCCUUGGGUCGAGACGGGUCUGUGAGAGGACCAGGAUCACUUUUGCGUGUCAUAGAAAACUGCUAGCACAGAGGAAAAACAUUCAAUGAAAAUGCAAGAAAUGUGACAUGGUGGCGCCGAACUCAGCGCCUAAGCAAGCGGACGCCAAAGUUGUACAUUCUCC